AGAGAGGGGGGGAGAGAGAGAGAGAGAGAGAGAGAGAGAGAGAGACGUGUGAUUUCUCUUUGUACUGAACUGAAUGAAGAGUUAAGGCCGGCUCUGCUACUGCUGUCCUCUCUUUUUUUUAUAUACAAGCAGAGUUUGCAUGCUGUAAAUAGCCCAAUAAGCCGGUUACACUUUACGUUUCACCGUACCCGUCGGUCCUUUUUGUUGUGUGGAAGCGACCGGGCCACUGCCAAUGUCCCUUUGAGCGAUUUUGGACAACAAAAGCAUCAGGUCCAACGUUGUUUCUUCUUCGGGGGAUUUCAAGUCACACAUUUUUCAACCGGGAUUUUUCAGCGCGGAAAAAGCGAACAGACGCACGGAGACCGCUUCGCCUCCUUUCCGUCGCCCCUUUCACACUUCUACACCUCCGGGGGGCGAAUUUUUUCUCCCCAAACCGAGCGACCAUGGCUGCUGUAACGAGCCCGGAGACGAGCCCUCAACCCCGGGUAUAUUUCCAGACGCCGGCCGGCACCACGGAGGAACCGGAGACACCCGUUCGGAAGCAGGGACGCGUAACCGUCAAAUACGACCGUAAGGAGCUGCGGAAGAGACUGAACCUGGAGGAGUGGAUUAUCGACCAGCUAACGGACCUCUACGACUGUGAGGAGGAGGCCAUCCCAGAGCUGGAGAUAGAUGUGGAUGAGCUGCUGGAUAUGCCCAGUGAUGUUGAACGGGCAGCCAGGGUCAAGGACUUACUGGUUGACUGUUUUAAACCUACUGAGGUCUUCGUCUCAGAGCUGCUCGACAAGAUCCGAGGGAUGCAGAAGCUCUCCACGCCUCAGAAGAAAUGAUGGCGUACCUCCUUCUCCCUCUCUUCCUCCUCCUCCUCCUCCCCUCCACCUCAGCCCUCACCUCUUGUCUUCCUACCGCGCUUUCCAACCUUUUAUUUUGAUGUCAGUUCUCUUCCGUUGAAGAUCUUCAAUGAAAUACUUGUUUUCUCUUGUGUUUAGGCCCCUUUUUUUGUCUCUUCUUCUCUAACUGCCUGGAUCUAGCCCCAUAAAUUGUGUUUAUUGUUCUUUUUUUGUGACUUUGCCUUGUUGUUUGUCUGACUUCCUUCUUAAAUACGAUCAUCAAAGAAGGAAAGGUGAGGUAAAGAAAGCACAAUAACCAGGCCAAAACAACAACCGCAAGCGAUUCAUUGGUCUCAAUCUAGGUGCUCUUUUUCACUCCUGCUCCUCCUUCGCCCUUUGUUUGGCUUUACUCCUCUUCCUCAUCCAGCUCUGCUCCCUUCCACAACCCUCCAUCUGUCUGAGGAGGAAGAGGAGAGGAGCUGAGAUGAGACGAGCCCCCAUAAUUACUGAGAGCGGAGCGGCCGAGAGUGGGAAGAGGAACAAGAGAGAGAGUCCGCGACGGCCAAGAAAAGAGUGGAAGGAGGAGGCAGCCAAUCAGCUUGAAGCGGGGCCUAAUCAUUGCUUAUGUCUCUACCAAUGAGAUUCCUUAUUCUGUUACUUGCAAGGGGUAUAAACUUGUAAAUGAUCCAGCUACCGACCACUUUCGGUAUUUUCUAGUUCAGUUUGAGGGCAUGGGGAUAUUCACUUGACUUUAGUUUUUUAAUUUCAAACUUUUUUCAGGGGGUCCGUACAGUCUUUUUAGAUCAUCCCCCCGUAAUCAGAGGCAUUUGCUACAGUGGUGCAUUUAAAGUCUUUUUUUUGUGUGUGUAUAUCUGUUUGAAAAAUCUGCACUAUGUAAUUUUGGGAAGAAAAUCUGAACCUCUGACCACAAACAAAAAUGUACUGUGUAUCUUUAGUCCAACAAAGAGGAACAUUUGAUCCCUGGAAAUAGUGGAACUUUAAAAAAAAAAAGUCACUGGUUGGCUGUGGUGGUCAUAUGGUCCAACUAAGUUUAGAAUAAAAAUCUUCCCUUGAGGCUAGAGUAGAAGUAGGCUUUCUUAGGUUGGGUGUGCAGGAAUAGAAAUUCUUGAAAAAAAAAAAAAGAGAGCAACGUAUGUUUUUCUUUCCUCAAAUGCGUGGUGCAGUCGUAAGAGAGGCUCUUUAGAAGCCACUGCUGUCCAGCCUGCACAUAUGUGUGUUGCUAAAUGCUACGUGUGUAUGUUGCUACAUAAUGUACAGCAACAUUCAUAAUAGGAGUGUUUUUCUGGCCUGUAUAUUCUGCUGUUCUGUACAACAAAUUAGAUUUUUUAGUAUAGGACUGGUUCCUGUUUUUUUUUUUUUUUUAUCUGGAUGCAUUUUGACACACACACACACACACACACACACACACACACACACAUGCACACACGCACGCACGCACACUUGACAGUCCAACAGGGGGACCCAGAACACAGCUGCCUUGUUUUUUUUUUUUUGUUUAGUUUUUCAUCAUCCCCCCCUCUCUCCCUGUCCUCUUUCUCGCCGUCUCUCCUUUUUUAUCUUAGAAAGGAUUUAGUUCACCACCGUCAGUUCAGAGCUGUCACACGUACAUGGAAACUCUGAAAAGGUCCAUGUUGGUGUAGAGACUUUGGGCUGUCCUCUGCCUGUCAGUAGACCCACCAACGAGACGUCUGAAUGGGAGGGACGGAGGGAGGGAAGCCACUGUCUAAAUGCAUUCACCCCUUUUUUUCUCUUUCUUUCUUUCUUUCAAUCACACACACAGGCCACCCUUGGGGCGGAGGAAACGGAAAUACAUUAGCAAACACAGCUGCCUCUUAUACAGAUGUAGACACACAUACACCAAGCGUUGAGAGAGGGAGACAGGUCCAUAGCUGUGUUUCUCCGCUGCAGCUGCCAAUCAUCUCCAAGAAUAAGCCAUCUGUUUCUGAUCCUGAGCCAAUCAGAUUGGAGACCGAAGCCCAUCGGCCAAUUGGAGAAGCGGUAACAUUGUGCUGUGAUUCAUGUGGCCAAUUGCUAACACCUGCGGUGACAGCAGACCUCCACUGUCUGUCUCUUUCUCUCUCAGCGCCAACACACACACACACACACACACACACACACACACACAUACACAUAUUGGCCCCUUUUCAUCUUGCUGCUCUGUCAUUUCUCCCUGGCAUCCCCUCCUUCCUCCUCCUCCCACCCCUUUUCAUCCUUCUGUCCACCCUACCUCCAUCCUCUCUUCAAUUUCCUUUCCUUUUUUAAAAAAAAAAACAGAUGUUGCCUUAGGUAUUAUUUAUGUUACACAAACCAAAUAAACGGGAGACAUUCAUUUUUAAAGAGGUAACACAAACUGCUAAAAACGUGUGUUAUUGAGCAGAACUGCGGCAUGUGGAGAAUCUCGGAUCUUCUGUCGCUCCUCUUUUUCUUUUGGAAAACAAAAUGAGAUUCUGUUGUUUUUUUAGAAGUGAGUGUUUAAUACUUAGGCCUUGAUACAGUGAUUUUGUUUAGAUAAACAAUGUUCUUUACAUUUACCAUUUGAAUACUUGGUCUGUUUUUAUUGUGAUCAUGACACUUCUUGAUGCCAGGCCUUGGAUUAACAUGUAGUUGAACAAAAAUCCAUUCAGAUACAUUUUGGUGCGAUUGCUUUUGCCUUCCCUGUGUGGUUUCCAAAUCAAGCACGGUCUGCAUUCAUUUGGAGACGUUCUGAUCAGUCGGAUUGUACCAGGCAAGCUCAAUUAGUAGCUGAAUUUGAAUGGAUCUUCAUUUCUAAAUCCAGGUUUGGAUUAUACCUUCUUAGACUGUUAUUGAGAAGUCUGUUUUUUUUACUGUUGGGGAAAAUUGCAAAAAAAUAUAUAUACUGAUUAUUAUCAUUGAGGCUAAAUACAAGAGCUAAACCAUUGGAGGAGUGGAAGUGUUUUUUGGACAAUGAUUAGAUCAAACCAACAAACAAAUGUAGCAAUAUCUACAACAGGUCUUGUUUUUGCCCAAUUUUGUUACACUUUUAUGCAACUUUAAUAAAAACAUGUAAAAUGGA